UUUUCCCAGUGAAAUCGAAACUAGGAAAUAUAAACAUUAUGGCCAGCCAUCAACAUUGUGUUUUGGCGAUUAAAAAUCAAAAACGAGUAAUUUAAUCGGAUAUUGUAAGGGUUGUAAGGGAUAUUCAUGUAAUAUGUGUAUACAUCUCAUAUCAAAGCAUAAGCAUUCAGACACGAUGUUAUAAAUAAAGGUGCCACUGCGAAAAGACGUGUUGAUAAAGAUGUGACAUGGAAAUUGUCUUGGAAAUUAAGACAUUAACGAAAAGAUCUGCGAAGAAGAUUUCGUUGUAUUGCAGAAAGCACAUGGCGUCGACAUGUGUACAAUGUUAAAAAGUAAAUCAUUCGAAUUGCGAAAAACAACUGGUUGACCUCAUUGAAGUCUCUCAUCCGAGUACAGGUCAUAAAACGUAAUCAUGCAUGGGUUAGAGGAUUUAUUGAAUGACGCACAACGUGUAGAAAAAGAUGCCGCUGUCAAUAGAGAGAAAAACAAUUUAGCCAAAGAAGAUAAUUUGAAAGCUGUACGUGAUUUUAGAAAAGACAUUGACGAUUAUUUUGACAAGUUACAAAUAAAAGUAGAACAAGAGAUAAGACAAUGUCAUUCGAGAAAUGAAGGCAUGUUAACUGAACAACUUAAAACAUGCCUUGAAGUAAAAGAAAAAGCGCUGAUAAAACAAAAGCAAAUUAAUUCAAUAGUACAGAAAAAUCUAAAGUGCACUCUAUAUGCAAGACCUGAGAACUUACGAACAGAAAUAGCUACCCUGAAACAAACCUUAAAUGAAGCUUCAAGACAGGCCAGGUGUGGAAUGUACGAAUUCCAGAAAAAUGAUGUCGUUCAAAGCCUGAUAUUGACGGAAAGUGUAUUAGGCACAUUAAAAGAUAACCGCAGUGGAAUCGAAGAGCUUACUUACACUUUACCUGAACAUGUAGAACGCAACGAAAAACUUAUGCAGACCCAAGGCUUGCCAAGCCAGCCGAACAGACUAAAGAACAAGUCUGGUUCGUUGCCUUGCGAAAUGACCAAGCCCAUUACAACGACAGAGGUGCAGCUACACAAAGCGAAGAAGCCCUGGAAACAAAGACGUUUAAAUUCAGGCACCAGCAGGAAGGAAGUGGAGGAGAAUGACGUUGUCGUAGAGUCCCAAGGCUUGCCUUGCCAGCCGAACAUGCAAAAGAACAAGCCUGGUCUUUUUCCUUGCGAAAUGAACCAGUCCAUUAGAACGACAGAGGUGCAGCUACACAAAGCAAAGAAGCCUUGGAAACAAAGACGUCAAAAAUCCGGCACUAACACGAAGAAAGAAGAGCAGAACGACGGUGUCAUAGAGUCCCGAGGUUUGCCUAGCCAGCUGAGCAUACAAGAUAACAAGUCUGGUCCUUCGCCUUGCGAAUUGACCAAAAUCAUUAGAACGACAGAGGUGCAGGUACACAAAGCAAAGAAGCCCUGUAAACAAGGACGUCUGAAUUCCGGCACCAACAAGAAAGAAGUGGAGGAGAACGACGCUGUCAUAAAGGAAACACAGCCCAUCAAAUCCCGAGGCAAGUCUAUUCAACCGGGUCACACGAACAAGUCUGAACCGCCACCUUGCCAAACAAACCAGUCAAUAAGAACGACCGAAGUGGAGCUUCACAAAGCAAAGAAGCCCUGGAAACCAAGACGUCUGGAAACCGCAGACAGCGAGAAGGAAGUGGAGGAAAACGACGAUGCCAUAGAGGACCUAUGCAAGAAGACACAAAUCAUCUUGAACAAGCUGACACCGCAGAAUUUCCAGGUUCUUGUGUCACAGAUGCAGGCUCUUAAGAUUGACACGGAAGAUAAACUGAACGGAAUCGUUGAUCUUGUCUUUGAGAAGACCAUCAGUGAACCUGAUUAUAGUGAAGUUUAUGCCAACAUGUGUAAAUGUCUUUCAAAGUUAAAAGUCAAGUCCGACUCAAAACCAGGUAAGAUGGUUAUAUUUCGAGUUGUGUUGUUAGCGCGAUGUCAACGUGAAUUCAAAACCAAAUACCGUCAAAUCCCGGUUUUGCCACCAAACGUGAGGAAUUCGCCUAAUUGUAAAGAUGAAAACAGAAAAGAAGAAUUAACUUAUGGAGAAGCCGAAAUAAAACAAAGAUCGCUAGGAAAUAUGAGAUUCAUCGGGGAAUUAUUCAAGUUGAAGAUGAUUUCUCUAAGAAUUAUGCAUGACUGUGUGUUCAAAUUACUACGGGCUAAGGAUCCUGAGAGCUUAGCAUGUGUGUGUAGGUUACUUACCACUAUAGGAAAAGAACUUGAUACUGACAAGGACAAGCCCCGUAUGGAUCAGUAUUUCGAACAGAUGACCAAAAUAGCUAACGAUAAAAAGAGCUCUACAAGAGUUAGAUUUAUGCUUCAAGAUAUUAUAUCUGUUAGAUUAAACAAGUGGGUACCUAGAUGUUCAGACAACAACCCCAAGACCAUCGACCAGAUCCACAUGGAAGUCGCACAAGAAAGGCAGGUGAAGGCCCGUUUAUCUCAAGAAGUCAAGGAACUACAAAAGUUACAUAAGGGAGAUCGACGCGAUCCAACCAGCGGUCAGAUAGAUGGUGGUUGUGCUGGACGGGGAGCCGACGGUUGGAGUAUGGAAGGAAAACAACCACAACUGGCAUUAGUGGACCGGUCUAAAGACCAAACACAAAUCUCCAAGCAAAACGUGGACGAGGAAAUCAAGUUAGGCUCUGAUAAGACCUCAAUGGACAGGAAAACAUCCAGCGCUCCAGCUAACAGGUCGGAGGAAGACAUUAGUCGAAUAAUCCCAGACACAUGUCCCGGAAGUAGAGAAAGGCGUUGCAGAGGAGGGUUUUGGACACCUCUAAACCUCAGAACCAGAAUACCACAGGAACACAUCAAAGAGGUUAUUAAAUGGGGUCUGGUGAACACCAAACGUGGAGGGAGCACUCUUACUACACCUUCAACUGGCCUUCCAAUGACAGAAAUCGCAGACCGCUUGCACGAUCUUGUCGUUGUUCGGCGGGAAGAUAACGAGACGCUAUUCAACUGGAUCGAGUCUAACAUUGACGAUGGGGCCAAGGCAAACACCCAGUUUAUACGGGAGCUAAUGACAGCAGUGUGUCAGAGUUCCAUUAAAGGUGAGAAGGGCAAGGAGGAAGUAGUACCGAGCGAUAUCAGCAAACGUAGAAACCUGCUACAAAAGUACCUCGGUCACAAGCCUAUGUUCGAACUCCAGGCACUGUUUGCUCUGCAGGUGCUUGUGGCCAGACUUGAAUACCCACAGGGUCUUCUCAAGAGUUUAUUCCACAUUCUUUACGACGAGGAUAUUAUUUCCGAGGACGCUUUUGUUGAGUGGAAGAGAAGUGAGGACGAGCCGGAUGGGAAGAAUACGACCCUUGAACAUGUUGUUAAGUUCUUUGAAUGGCUUACAUAGUUUGAAGAGGACAAUUGAGUAUUUCUAAUUGCGACGGGUUAUUACUUAUAUACAUGCAUGAAUAAGUAUGCCGUCUUAUAAACAAACAUAUUUUUAUUAUGUGUUGUAUCGCAAUAAAGUUUGAAACAAAUAGACUGGAAAUGAUAGACUAUGUGUUUCUGAAUUUACAAGUUAAAAUACAAGUUCGAUUUUCGACAGUCGCUUAGUAUUCGAAUUUAUUUCAUGUAUAUCGGUGUAAGAAUGAAACAUAUUGGUGAAUGAUAACUUGUUCAUAUCACUCUGGCUCGUUAUUGUUUUGCAAUGUUAAAAACCUAAAUAUUUGUUUACUUAACGGCAUCAUUAAGCAUACUAAAUCAGGCCGAGGCAAAUAUUGUGACUAUUUGAAGUCGUGAUGUGCAUAAAUGCAAGAAUAAUGUGUGAUACAUUUCUUUUGGAAAAGAUGUUCCCAUGUGCAUGUUACACACUAAACUGUAUAUGUACAUUUAAGACAAGAGCAUCUCCGAUUAUUGCUACUCCUUUGAAUUUAUUAUUAUAUUUAUAUGAUCAGUAAUUGUCAUUUACUUUCUUAUGAUGAUGUAUAACAUGCAUGUCUGUUUUUCAUUAUGUUAACUGAGUAAAUAUGUUCUACUCUACAAAACACUAGCAUGCACACAUGCCAUUGAUCUACAUUAAAUUAAAAUGUUUUAAGGUGUAAUGAUAAAAUAUAAUAUACGAUGAAUUUGUUUUAUAAUGUAUUUGAAUGUUACUGAUAUUACAUUUUUUUCAAUCAUUGAUUUAUUAAAUAUAUAGUUGUGAA